UAUAAGUUCCAAUAAUUGGACCCAAGAGCUGUCAUGAUCAGCAACCCUGCUUUAACUUUUUAUGUUAAAAAAUCUUAUUUCACUGCUCAUGGAUGUGAUUCUGAUUUCUGUCACAGGUACUGAUAGAUGAAUCGUUUCCUCUGAUCAUUAGAGCUUGACAGAUUUCUGUCUCAAUGGACAAUUUGGGUUGGGACAACAACCCCCCAGGUGCCUCUAUCAAGACCCCUUCCUCCAGCCUAUGGAGCAAUCACCAACAACAUGAGAUGGAUCUCCCCCAAGGUUUCUUUGGCUCAAUUAGAGAACCCCAAACAAUAACUGAUGCUCUAAUGGCCCAAUACAUUGUAAACCCAAACCCGAUCUCGAGUGGUGUAAUUGCAGGUUUUGGUGUUGCUGAUGGGCUGCAACUUGUUAAUGGUUUUGAAGAUGGCAAGGUUGAUGUUGUCUCCAACAGCUCACUAGAGUCACUGGACUGCUUGUUGUCGGCAACUAACAGCAUUAAUACUGACACAUCAGUUGAAGAUGAUGGAAUUUCAAUGAUAUUAUCUGAUUGUAGAAAUCUAUGGAAUUUCAGUUCCAGCAAUGUUGUCUCUCAAGGUUUUUCUAAGCUUCUUGAUUCUACUACUACUACUACUACUGGUAGGCCUACUUCAACAAAUAAGAGAAGCAAGGAAGGACAUGGUGGACACAAAGUGAAGGUGAAUUAUCAGUAUUUUGAUCUUCUCCAAUCAGACUCUUCAACUACAGAAGGUGGGUUUCAGUUCAUCUCGGAGAAUCCGGCCUUGUCGAGAUUAAAAAAACCCAGAUUGGAGAAUGAUCAUCAAAGAUCAUCAAACAUAAACUUCCAACAGCCAAGCAGUUCUUGUUUAUUAUCUUCAGUUGAUGAGCCUGACACUGAGGCCAUUGCACACAUGAAGGAAAUGAUGUAUAGAGCUGCAGCAUUCAGGCCUGUGAAUCUGGAAAUUGAAGUGGUGGAGAAGCCCAAGAGAAAGAAUGUUAGGAUUUCUAGUGAUCCACAGACAGUGGCUGCAAGGCACAGGAGGGAGAGAAUAAGUGAGAAAAUUAGAGUGUUACAGAGGCUUGUCCCUGGUGGAAGCAAGAUGGACACAGCGACAAUGCUUGAUGAGGCUGCAAACUAUCUCAAGUUCUUGAGGUCUCAAAUUAAAGCCUUAGAAAACAUGGGGCAAAAGCUUGAUUCUGUGAAUUCCACCUCCACUAACCUUCCCUUCCCUUCACCUCCAUUUAAUUACAGACAUCCUUUUCCCAUGCAUACUUUUUUCCCAGUCCCAAAACCCUAA